ACCUUUAAAUCCCUCGAACAGUAAACAUCAUGUCGAAGGCAGGCAAAAAGGAAGAAUAUUUCCAGAAGCUCAAGACUUACUUGGAGGAGUACAACUCCAUCUUCAUUGUCAACGUUGACAAUGUCGGUUCCAACCAGAUGCACCAGAUCCGUAAGGCUCUUCGUGGUGAUGCCAGGAUCCUCAUGGGUAAGAACACCAUGGUCCGCCGUGCCAUCCGUAUCCUCCAGGCUGAGAACCCCGACUACGAGAAGCUCAUGCCCUCGGUCCGUGGCAACGUUGGUUUCGUCUUCACCAACUCUGACUUGAAGACCAUCCGUGACAAGAUUUUGUCCAACCGUGUCAAGGCCCCCGCUAAGGCUGGUGCUCUUGCCCCCAUUGAUGUAUUCGUCCCUGCUGGUAACACUGGUAUGGAACCCGGCAAGACAUCUUUCUUCCAGGCUCUGGGUGUCCCCACCAAGAUUGCCCGUGGUACCAUUGAAAUUAUCAAUGAUGUCCAUCUUAUCAAGGAGGGUUUGCGUGUCGGUGCCUCUGAGGCUGCUCUUCUCAACAUGUUGAACAUCUCUCCUUUCACUUACGGCUUGACUGUCGUUCAGGUCUACGACAAGGGUACUGUCUUCCACCCCUCUAUCUUGGAUAUUGAGGAGGAUACUCUUAUUGGUCACUUCGUUGCUGGUAUCAAGAACAUUGCCGCCAUUUCUCUCCAGAUCGGUUACCCUACUAUUGCUUCAGUUCCUCACUCGAUCAUCAACGCUUACAAGAACCUGUUGGCCGUUUCCAUUGCUACCGAGUACACCUUCCCUGGUUCUGAGAAGGUUAAGGCUUACCUUGCUGAUCCAUCAGCUUUCGCUGUUGCUGCUCCCGCUGCCUCAGCUGCCGCUCCUGCUGAGAAGGCUGAAGAGAAGGUUGAAGAGAAGGAGGAAUCUGAUGAUGACAUGGGCUUCGGUCUUUUCGACUAAAUUCUUUUUAAUGAGUACUGUUCUAUCUCAAUAAAAUCUGUGGGAAAGGGUAGUUCAUAGAAGCACCAAAUAGGUGUCAUCUAAGGGCUCUUUUGUUGGAACCAAAUUAAAAAAAAA